UCCAAGUCAGUCAUUGUAAACUUUUGCCAUUCAUAAAUGUACUCAUUUAUUGCACUCAGGAGUAAUGAAUUGAGCAGGGAUAUUUGUUUAAACCCUUGAAUGUUACAAACACAAUGUGCAUAAACACGCCUAACAAUUCCCCAAUAAUUAACGCCGCCAAGACAAAUAUUUAUUCUAAGGUUUAACAUCAUAUUGAGAGCUAACGAAUUGUUUUCACGGGGAAAGAGAAAAACAAUAUAUACCCCUUCUCACGAGCUUUCCUGCCUUGCUAGGAUAAAAGAGUUGCAACAACAUCCUGCCCAAAUCCGCUGACAAGGAAACUGCAGACUGGGAUCGGCGCUUUAUCUGCGGGGCCAGGCGCUGUUACCUUCCGGCCCCUGGCAAGGCGCGCGCGUUGGGUGACACAAAACCUGCCGGCUUCCUACUCCAGCAGGCAUCCAGCCGCUCACCGCCCAGCCACGAAAGCCAAACUUGCCAGGCUCCUGAAAUUUAUCCCAAGCCGCCUGCAUUCAUUUUUCUUUCAUCUGUCGUUUAAUCCAGCCGACAGGUUUCACUGAGAGAAAAAAAAAGAUUAUUCUUUUUUGGUUUUCGUUAAAAAAAAAGACAAGGUUCUAUAAAGCUCGUGGAAAAUAAACAAAACUGAAUUUGUUGUUGCCGUUGUCGCAAUGACUUUGUUUUGUUCGUGCGCGUGGUUCGAGAAGAGGAGCUGCACUUGUUGAGACCCUUUGGGAGGAAGGCCGUUGCCUGCGAUGACGACGAUUCCGAGGAUGAUGACGACGAUUCCGAGGAUGAUGAUGACGACGACGAUGGCGGUGACGGUGGCGCGGCGGUGGGGUGGCCACGGCACGGGGCCGUGCGCUUGGCUUCUCGUUGCCGCCUCCGCAGCUGCCACGGCUGCCACCCUCGGUGUCCGCGCGGAGCCCACGGGGACGAGCCAGGCCCUGGGAGGCUUCUGCGAGGUGGACAAGUGCGACCUGUGCCUGGGCACCUCGCUCUGCCCCCAGAUCCUCAGCGGCGACGUCGUAAUCGAGGAAUGGUCACCGGCACAACCGGGUCCCGCCGGCGGUGGCUACGGCGGCGGGAGGUCGAGACGCACGCCCGGUGACCGCACGCACUACCGAGGCCUUCACCGCAACGAGGGCGAGCCCUGGCGGGUGGUGGAGGCAGCGAGACCUCUGGAGCGGCCGGUGGCGGACGCCCUGGAGGUGGCUUUGUGCGCCCGACGCAACGCCACGGGGCCCUGCGACUCGGCUCGUCGCCGCUCGCCCCGCUUGCGGCGGUGGACGCGAGCCAAGCGGCUGACGGUCGACUUGGUGCAGGGUCUGCGGUCUCCACUGCUGGCCUGUCCCUCCCAGAGGCUGCUGGACCGCAUCGUCCGUCGCUUCGCAGAGGCGAGCGACGGGGGCAGCGUGUUCAUGCAUCACCUGGACGAGCGCGACAGACUCCGUCUCCUCUUCACGCUCGCCGCCAGCCCCCAGCUCGUACUGCAGCAGAUUUUUCCGAUGCAGGAGGGGUGGCCGUUCGCCCGGUACUUCGGUGCGUGUGGGCGGCUGGCCGUGUCGGUGGGCACGGUGCCGCUCGCCCAUUUCGUCGGUGGCGACGCGGAACGCAGCGCCGAUCUGGCCUACCAGGCUCUGACCAUCACGGCCGGCAUGACCUCCAAUGACUUUGGCUACCUCCUCUACUUCACCGAGAUGCACGGGGCGGUGUUUGGAGUGCGCUGCGAUGGGCAGCUCCGCAUCGCGGACGCCAGAGUCGUCGGAGUCUUCGACCAGAAGCAGCCGAGCGCGCCGCCCACAACAACCGCGACGGGAUUCAGCGACGACAUCUUCUCCACGUUGUCGCCACCAUCGUCGUCGCAUCCACCCUCAACUUCGUGCAGCGCCCUCCCCUCCGCCGGCGAGCUGGAGGCUCGCAACGUGGCGCUCGUGUGCCACGUGGCGCUGCGGCCGCUGCUCACGGGCGCGUUCCACUCCCCGCAGGGCCUGCAGCACCAGGUGGACUCGCUGCUGGCGCUGUGCGCGGACUCUGCCAUGGGCCCACGCGUUGUCACGCAGGCCGCCGCGUGGCUCUGCUCGCUGCUCGACUCGCUGAGGCCAUGCCGGCCGGACUUUCCCUACCGCUACCCCGAGUGCCGCUACGGUGGCGGUGGGUUGUAGAGGUGGACGGGGAAAACUAUUUUU